UCUACAGAGUACCUGGCAGGGCCUUGCUGGAGAUGGACAGCAGGAUUCCUUAUGAUGACUACCCGGUGGUUUUCCUGCCUGCCUAUGAGAAUCCCCCAGCAUGGAUUCCUCCUCAUGAGAGGGUAUACCACCCAGACUACAACAAUGAGUUGACCCAGUUUCUGCCCCGAAUCGUCAUACUGAAGAAACCCCCUGGAGCUCAGUUGGGAUUUAACAUCCGAGGAGGAAAGGCCUCCCAGCUAGGCAUCUUCAUCUCCAAGGUGAUUCCUGACUCUGAUGCCCAUCGAGCAGGACUUCAGGAAGGGGACCAAGUCCUAGCUGUGAAUGAUGUGGAUUUCCAAGAUAUUGAGCACAGCAAGGCUGUUGAGAUCCUGAAGACAGCCCGCGAAAUCAGCAUGCGUGUCCGCUUCUUUCCCUACAAUUAUCAUCGCCAAAAAGAGAGGACUGUGCACUAGAGAGUUGCAACCCACAGCCUUCCACAUGGAAUCUUCUAGGAUAGGCUGGCUAGACCUCAGGGAAGCCACUUGGGAAACUCUGCUCUCAGCCCUGCCCUGGCAUAGUGGAGUGGGGAGGAUGGGGAGACAGUGAUGCCCUGCACUGAGCUAGCUAGCCAACUGCAUUACCCAAACUGUACUGCACUUUUAGUUCCCUAGUUUUCUGGGUGAGCUUCAUUCCCUGAGAGGAGAAGAGUGAUGAUGUCUAAGUAUAGCCUAACCUGUGGAAAACCCUGCUAGAAAAGACAAUUGACAUGUAUUGAAUACCAUGUGCUAGGCAAUUAUACAUAUGUCAUAUCAUUUUCAUUAGAGUAUACAAAUGAGUAGAAAAAGGAAUCUUGGGGACCUUCUAUCUUAUCUGCCUGGCCAUCUCAUCCCAUCCUUACACUACCAGUCUCACACCCUUCAGAGACUCCAGUGGGACCCUGUUUUGACCCCCUCCCUCCUCCUAUCCUCUCCCCAAAAAAGUAAAAUGCAAUGCUGAGGAAAUGUUGGUGUGACUCUUGGAUGAUACUGAUUGGGUGUGAAAUGCUAUUGAGGCAAAAAUAAAAGCUCUUCCCAAGAGAGGAGCCACUGGAAGUAACAGAGCAACACUAUACCUACUUCACAACUAUCUCUCUGGCUAGAACAUUAGGGAGGCUCAGGAACCUUAGCCACAGUAGUACUAAGGAAUGGCAUAGGUGAGGAGUAUUGGAGGAAACAGUGUCCCUUCCCCCAUGAGCUUUGAAUAUUUCUCUGCAGGGGGCAGUAUUAAUAUAGUUCCGUCUUUUCCUUUCCCAAAUUCUUUGAUCUGGAACAUAAACUAAGGGAGAGACUUAGAUGCAUUUCUUUUCAGGGACAGCAGGAAGAAAUUAGUUCCCAAUUUCCAACUUGUAGGUUGAGUAGUACUGAGUGCCGAUUUCCUCCUUUUCUUCACCCUGGCCCCAAAAUAACCUUCUGCCAUGUUCUUAGUUCCUUAGUUAUCGAUCCACUGUUAGAGAUUCCAGGCCAUACUUUAUACCAUUUCCAUUGGCAUGUUAACAUUCCCAUUCAGAAUAGAAAGUUUUCUAAUGAGGUAUGGGGUCAAGUGCCCCCAUAAUGAAAGUCCCAAAUUUGCCUUGAAAGAAUUCUGGGAAGCUUAAAUAUAGAUUUGCAGGCCCUUUGCCUGGAGAGUGAUUCUGUUGGUCUGAGGUGGAACUUCGAAAUCUGAAUUUUUAAAUAAAGGACAUAAGUCUUCAAAUAUGGCAAAUAGUUCUAAAUAGUAGUACUAUAUCUCUAUGAGGAAGUUCUGGCUCUUCCUAUAAAUGCCACCUAGCUCUAUGGUACCUCUUCUAGAGGCUCUGUGCCAUUCUUAGGUAGCAACAUCCUUGUGAACAGAGUUGGAGGUAGAAUCAAUUUAGCUGUCUCUUUCCUUCCUGGGAAAUCCCCUCUAUUCUAGACUCCUUUUUGCUCUGCUGCCCUCCAAUGGCCAUCUGAGAAAGAAACUAGAGGCUGAGAUACUUGCACAAAGGCAUAUUGACUGAGUCUACUGAAGGUUGAGGUCCAAGACUCUCCCUGUGGUUAACAGGUUUUAAAACAACUCAUCUAAGAGGUGUGGUAAACAUAGUAACAAGUCCCAGCCAGGUGCUACAGGCCUAAGAGGCAAAAACCCUCCUGCCCUAAAUUGAUUCUCAGUCUGAGGUACUUGGAAUGGUUCUGUGUUGGGGCACCAGCAUGAUGCAAUUGCAUUGUGGAGGUAUAGGUAUAGUGUGGAGAAGGCAUAAGCAAUAAGAGGCUGAGGCAAGGGCCGGCCCCGUGGCUUAGCGGUUAGGUGCGCGUGCUCCGCUGCUGGCGGCCCGGGUUUGGAUCCUGGGCGUGCACUGUUGCGCCGCUUCUCCGGCCAUGCUGAGGCCGUGUCCCACAUACAGCAACUAAAAGGAUGUGCAGCUGUGACAUACAGCUAUCUACUGGGGCUUUGGGGGGAAAAAAAUAAAUAAAAGAGGCUGAGGCAAAAGGACCAGUCGUUUAUUGAGGGUGUAGACAAGAAAACAGUAGAGAAUGAACUGUAUCAGCCUAUGAGGUAUCCCAGCUGCUGUAGAACUGCAUCCCCUAUAGAUGUCCUUUAGCAGUCAGAGAAGGUAAGGUGGGAUUCCUGGGCCCUGCAAGAACUUUCCACUCAGUAGCUGUGAGAUGCAGUCAAGAAAAAGGAUAGCAUUUUCAGGGGUUCCAUUUUACUCCUAAGCCCAGGAAUUGGACGAGAGCUUAGUAAGUGGCCAAGUGUUUAAACCAUAAACCUGAGGGUGCAGGAGGACUGGUACUGGGAAGCCCAAAUGCAAUAAAUUCAUCACAUUAGGCAGAGAGAGCCUAAGCUGUCAACAGGAACAAUGGCUUUUGAUGCCUGACUCAUUGGAGGGCUCCAGUUGGAUUUCAACUACUGAAGUGUGUGUUAAGGAAGGUAAUAGAGUGAGGUGGCUGGGGUCAAAUCUCAGCUCCCAGGGGCAGCUUCUAGGAGACACAGAAGAGGAAUUCUGAUCUUAUGAUCCCUUUCACCUAAAGGCAAACCGGGGAGCUACUUUGGGCUGAAGUUAGUCCCAUUUUCCCUUAAAUAUCAGUCAGGCAGAAUAAUUGGCCUGGCCAUCAACUAGGCAAAAGAAGUUUGCUUUCUCUGCUUGUACACUCCCUACCCCAGCAAAGCCACAAGAAAGGGUAUACUCCUCUUCCUUCAGUGGAGAUGAACUACUUCUGGAAGGAAGGGCAGAAGCCAUGUGCCAGAAUAGCUGUGGAUGUGUGUGAAUGGUGAAGCACAAAAGAACAAAAGGUCAAGUUCAGGGACAUGAUUCUGGGCCUUUGCACUAUACAAUGGGAGAUGAACCUUACCCCCUCCCCACGAUAGGACAAGUCAAGGUUAUCCAAAAGAGUAAGCAGUGGUGGUUAGCUAGAGACAAGAGUGCAAUGGAAGUAUCAUGAAGAGAAAUGGGUAUUACAUUAUUCACGUUGUAAGUGGUUUUGGCACUGGUCCCUAUAAACAUCAUGUUGAGAUCUCUGGAUUUUUCUUCCCCCUCUUCUGCAGAGACUCCUCUGGACAAAUGAGAAAUGAUGUGAGGGACCAGAUAGUGAAAAGAUAAGGGGUUUCCCUACACAAAAGGAGAGAUGGAAAGACAUAUACCAGAGGUUGCAAAAUGGCAGCCUGAGAGUCACAUCCAGCCUACAGUAAAAUAAAGUUUUUUCAUCUA